AUGCCAUGGAAUUCUCCUUCAAUAACUCGACACCCUAACACAAUACCUGGUCAUCAACAACUUAUUGGUCCCAAUAAUGAAGACAUCGUGAAGAUUGACGACUUCAGUUACAGAGCACUAAUCGAUUCUGGUUCACAGGUUACUUCAAUAACAGAGGACCUAUGGAAAGAACACCCCAAACUCGGAAAUCUCGCUCUCUCUUCAGCAGAUGUCUCCAUCGAAGGUGCUAGUGGUCACCGAGUACCCUAUUUAGGCGUCAUUCCUGUAUCACUCACAAUCAUGAACGUUGUCUACGAAGACGUCCCAGCCUUUGUUGUACCAACAGAUAAGUACCGCAGAGAUGUUCCCAUUCUGAUAGGCACAAACGUGAUAAGAACUUCAAAAAGAGACCAACAGAUAAAGGGAGGUGUAAACUACAUGAAGCUACUCCAGAUAGAAAAUCCAGCAUGGCAUGCAGCUUUCAGCAACACUACCAACUCAGAACCUGGAGAUCAGCGUGGUUCGAUCGGUUACGCAAAGUACAUUGGUCGCUCUGUUCGUGUGAUUCCACCGGGAAAAGAAGAAGACAUCAUUUGUCAAGCGCCUAGUAACCAAGGUUUUCCCUACACGGUUGUUGUUGAAAAUCUUCUUCAAACCUCAUCUUGUCUGAAGGUUAGCAACUUGGUAGCAGACAUUGGUCCCAACUGCCGAGUACCUGUUAGACUGUGUAAUAUCUCAGCAAAGCCCAUUGUCAUCAAGCGCAACAGUAGACUAGCCCAACUGUCAUCCAUACUACGAGUUGAUGAUAUACCUGUUCAAGAGCAAUCUGGAAACUCUCCUUCAACCGCAAGUGUUAGAAGUGCCACAGUCACAGACACGGUGCCUACCAUCAUUCCAAAUCUUGAUUUAUCCAAAUCAGCACUCGAGAACGAGGCACAGACACAACAGCUGGACAAUCUCCUUCAUGAGUUCUCAGAUGUAUUUUCAUCCAACUCACUUGACUUUGGCUGUACCUCAACCAUCAAACACAGCAUUCCGCUCAUAGACGACCAACCAUUUCGACUCCCUCAUCGCAGAAUUCCAGCCGCUCAAUACCAAGCAGUUAAGGAUCAUCUGAAAGGAAUGGAGGAAUCAGGCGCCAUCCGCCGGAGUAAGAGUCCAUACGCCUCUCCAAUCGUGAUAGCGCACAAGAAAGAUGGCUCCCUCCGUAUAUGCAUCGACUAUCGUCAGCUGAAUAAUAAGACAGUUCGCGAUGCAUAUCCUCUUCCUCGCAUCGAAGAAGCUUUAGAUGCCCUUGGUAAAGCCCUUCUGUUCACGACGUUAGAUUUGACAUCAGGCUAUUGGUAG